CAAUGCACUGCACGGCUGACAAGGGUUGUGUCUCCCUGAUUUUCACGAUAAAUUUCCAAUUCAGUGGAAACUUGUGAAACGGCAGCAGCGGAGCCGUUCUGUGUCUCUCUCUAUAUAUUUGCAAACUGGAUUUAGUAAGAAUAACAAAUCGUUGACCGGAAACGUCGGCGACGGGUCCAACUAAUCCUAAACAUUGGAUUACACAGUGAAGGCUGCAUGAAGGAGCUGCCCAGCCCAACGGGGGCUUGGCCGACACCCUCGUUUAUGGAAAUCGACACCGAGGCUUUGAUAUUUGGGCCUUGGUUUUUUUCUUUAUGAUGGAGGUGGAACGAAAGAAGAGUUGUGCGUAAAGAAGCGAGAUAUUGUUAUUUUUGGGCGAUUGGUUGCAAAAAAAGCUUCCGUAUUCUUCCUGCUUGCUUUAAGAAAAUUGAAAGGUUGAUGGUUGUGGCUUAGCUGGCUAACAGCUGGAUCGGCUAACGCUAGCUAGCCAGAGUGCUACCCUUACGUCUUUCUUUUGAUGUGAUGCGAAUUCAACCAUUACUAUCGGCCAUCAACAUUUCGUCAGGAAAAAAAAUAGUUCUCGUUGCGGUGGAAUAUUAGUUAGCUUCAUACUGUACUGUCCGGCGUGUCAGUCUUUACAGACACGUUUUAAGAAUAUAGAUUUAUUCUUAGGUUGCUGGCUGAAUAUAUUGUACCGUAUUGAGUUAGCCGUGUACAUGCUAUCCAAAUGAGCAAAAGCUAAUUGGCUGGAGUCAACACUGACCUAACGUUAGCUAUCAUUAGCAUUAACUACGUUAACUAUCAGACAGCUCAUUUUACUCCUCAGAUGGUGAGUAAUUUGCUGUAGUUGUCAACAAUAACACUGAACACUUCACAUUAAUACGGAAUCAUGUCACGGCCACCGGUGUGUUAAUGUCGGGUAUCUGGGUUAUUGGCCUUGCUAACUGGCUAACCGUGUAAUUUUGCUAACAGGCAAAUAAAUUUGUCAGCGUGUGCAGAAAUUUAGGAAAUCCUGGACUCAAGAGUUGUAUUGAGCAAUGCCAACGUUGGCGUGAUUUUCAUUUUGAAAUCUACCCAGGGCUGAUUUGGCCUGCUUUGUCAGUGACACAACUAGACUUGUCUUUUUUGUUUACAUGCGUAUAACUUAUGCGGUUGUCGGUUGAAUUUCUUGCUAGCUAGCUAAUGUUAGCCUCAUACGAGACACAAUCUGCUAUGUCCUGACAUUUGUGUAUGUUGUGGCUGUUUUAAAUUUCGAUGUGGAUCUAAGUUUGCGUUCAUAUUAACUGAAAUGACACUAAAAUUUCGCCGAAAGAAAGGCACUGAUGCCAAUAGACUGUUGUCGAAGGACGGUAAAUAAUAGCCACUGGUUCCAUUAACGCCAUUUUAACAGGGCUCCUGCGAGGGCCUGUGUGGUGGUGUUUUAUUUGCGGUUCGGUGCCUUCCACCGGACCGGGACUUGAAUAAAGUGCCUUUGGUCUCACUGGAGUUACAAAAGGAGGCGCCGUUUGAACAUGGAGGGCCCGAGCCGAAGCACUGGAUUCAGGCAGAGCCGACGGUCCCGUUCACAGCGCGACAGGGAGCGGCGGAGGAGGAGAGUGAACCUGGCGGAGGAGCGGGCCACAUCCCUGUCCUCAGGCUCCGAUCGGGAGGCUUGUGGGACAAACAGUGUCCUGGGUCCCGGUGGUAGAGAAUGCCGGCCCAGUUUUGGGAGACACAGGCCUCCACGCCGGAGGAAGAGAGAGUCGGUGUCCUGCGAGGAAGAUGUCAUUGAUGGCUUCGCUAUUGCGAGCUUUAUCAGCCUGGAGGCACUGGAGAUGGACUGCUCGCUGAAGCCCAGUCAGCGCACUGAUAUGCUGGGAAGGAGGAACAAGGGGAAGAGAGGGCCGGAGGAGAACGGUGGAGGGCCGCUGUCUGAGCCCGAGGAAGGAGCCCCGCACAGCUACUCCAGCAGCUGUUGGAACAAGAGUAGAAAUAAGAGAAGAAGGAUAGAGGGACAUCCUCUGGAGACUGGCUACAUUUGUGACACUGAGAGUGAUACAGGAGACAAGGCCUCCGACAAUGACAUGGACCCAGUCUUCACAGUCAGUACUAGAAAAGUUGUGGAACCUGCCCCCUCUAACAUGGGCGCAUCCAUGGGCAAAAGCUGCCCCCCUCUACCUGCCCGUUGCGGCGGUGUGUCACGCUUGAUGGUGACCCCGAGAGUAUCUGGCCUGGAGCGAAGCCAGGAGAAAAGCCUGGAGCAGCAUUUCCCAGAGCCCGUUUCUUCUUCUACCUCUUCUGCCCCCUUCUCUUGCCUGCCUUCCUCGGUCACAGCCUCGGGCACGGUCCCCCGGUCCAGCCCGCACAACGGUAACAGCGGCCGCCACAACGGCAGCCCGCCGCUCUCCAAACCCCAGCCCUUCCUCACUUUGCCUGGGCGAUCUCACUCCAUCUACAACAUCAACCGGAGCAACACCCCUGUCAAACCUCCCUCAUCUGCUUCAUCUGUUGCAUCUUCCUCAUCCUCCAUGCGCCCCCCGACUCCCUCCACCAGUGUGUCGCUGACCUACAUCAGGAGCUCAGGAUCCUCAGGGCCCCUCCGACCCCCAUCCCGAGCCAGCUCCGGGGCCCUGUUCACAUCCUCGCCCGGCCUGCCUCCCCCUCCGCCUCUGCUACAAGGCCCUGCUAACUCCGCUGCAGCAGAUCAGGAAAUUAUGCGUCAUAACUUAAACUCCCACUUCUUGAAUUCACAAGAGCGCGAGGGCAGACGCAGCGUCCCAGGGGCUGAAAAUAACGCCGCAGCCGCGGGCCGCUCCACUCCCGGCGGUCCAUCGGCAUCGAACUCGGCGCCAGGCUCGUCGGGCCGGACGUCUCAGAACCAGCCGAGCAUCCCGCCCCUGGCCUUCCAGUUCCAUCAGCACAACCACCAGCACCAACACACGCACACGCACCAACACUUCACGCCCUUCCUGCACCCCACGGCCACCGCUCCGCCUCUGUUUGAUAAGUAUCCCGGCAAAAUGGACGGGCUGUACCGUCACCCCUUCUUCCCACAAUACCCGCCGCCCUCAGUGCCGAGUAUCCAGCCCGUGAUUCCUCCCACUGGGCCUUUCAGCUCCUUGCAAGGAGCAUUUCAGCCAAAGCCUCUUGUCCCUCAGGGAACGGGUCCUGACAUUACUGCACGUCUCGGGGUUGUCCCUCACCACCUGCAGCCCAAAGACCCCCGGCUAACUGAUCCAUUUGGGACAACGUUGAAAAUCAGUAAUAAACCAGGAAAGUGGUGUGCUAUGCAUGUGUAUGUGGCCUGGAUGAUUCUGAGUCAUCAGAAAAAAGUAAAGCUGAUGCAGGCUGAUCCUCACAAGUUGGACUUCCGUAGUGAACUGCUGGCCCGUCUUCCUGGAGCUGGGGGACUGGGCCCCCUGGGGCCCAUAGGAGGAGCCCUGCCUCCCACUCAUGAUCUGACCAGACCUCCCAGUCUGUUCUCGGCCACAGGCCCAGUCAAUCCGUCCUCAGCUCCGUUCAUCUCCCCAUCGACGCCCCACUCCUCUUUCCUCGCACCAACUGCACACUUGGAUCCAUACGGCCGAUCCCCACCCUUCACCCCUCUGGGAGCCCUUGGUUCUGGUGCCUUUGGAGGACUUGGCAGCCCAACACUUGCGAGCUCUGUGUUUGGCCCUAAAGAUUCACCAGCUAACGUGGUUGGAGGCUUGCCCAACCCCAAUCACCACGACCCAUGGAACCGUCUACAGGGUGGCCCAUCCGGGUUCCCCGCCGGCCCCAGCUGGGCGAAAGGGGCGGACAGGCGAGACGAGCGGGAUCGAGGGAAGGAAGGCGAGAGAAGGGACAUCCCUCACAUCAAGGAUGAAAAGGACAGAGACAAUAUGCUGUAUGGCCGACAACCUGUGAGAAUGUCUCCAGUUGCCCCCUCCUUCAAGCCCCGCAGUAGCACCCCAGUUUCCCACAUUAACGGCCACAGCAGUGCCCUGGGGGGCAGCGGUGGGCCCAUCGAGGACCUGACACGCAGCUUAAAUAGAGACAGAGACCGCGAGCGAGACAGAGACGGAGACAAGAGGCCGCUGCUGACAGUGUCUUCACGGGGGCUGCCUCUUGGCUCUUCGUCUUUGGUAGCAGACAGGGACAGACCGAGGUCUUCCUCAUCUUCUGCGCUCACUACGCCUCCACCUUCCAACCGCUCAGCCCCAUCUCCUUUAGACCUUUACCCCCGCCCACUGGCCCCGACAGCACACGGCCUCCACAACGAGCCCUCACACUCCCAAAGAGACGGCGGCCUCCCUUCUUCCUCCUCAGCGACUGCCUCUGUCACCUCUUUGUCUCAGGCCAAGAAGUCUGACCGGACCACGACACCUGUCUCCAAACCCCCCCUGCUUCUCCCCCCGGUUAAAGUCAAAGAGGAGCGGAAAGAGGAGCCGGAGCACAUCCCUAUCACCCUGCCUCCUCCAGCACCCAACCACAGCUUUGACCGCCCCAACAGCCAUCCACACCACCCAAGUUCUGGCACCCCCUCCUCUUCUUUAUCACUGACUCCCACUCCUGGUGUUCCUCUGCUGCCACACACUCCAAACCACCCUCCUCCCCACCAACACCUUUCCCUACUGGACCGCUCCAGGGCCAUUGAAGCGUAUCUGGGGAGCACAGCAGGCGCUGCAGGGUUGGUAAUGGGUCCAGGAGGAGACCGUUUCCCCCAUGGUCCAGGCCAAGGACACCCACAGGGUCCACAUAGCUUCCCUUGGGACCACUGGAGGGAGCUCGCGGCUCAGCAGCAGCAUCAGCAUCGCAGGGAGGCUUUGGCACUUCGAUCAGACCCCCACCUGGCCCUGCGAUCCGAUCCGCAUCUGGCCCGACUGCUCCAGCAUCAGCGCCUUCUGGAGGCAGAGAGGGUCGCAGCUGUAGCAGCCGCCGCCGCAGCCGCCGCCCCUCACCACCCUCCGACAUCUACCUCUGCUGCCUCCACCUCUGCCGUCCGCCAGGAGUUUGGCCUAAUGGCCCAUCACUUUGACCGCCCUCCUCACCUCGGACCCCCAGGAGGAGGACUGAUUGAUGAGGAGCAGCGCGCCCAGAUCCUGAGGGAAGACUUUGAGCGGGCUCGCUACUUCGGGAUGCACCCACAUCUCCCUGCUGGCUCUCACCUCGCAAGCCCCUCUCAUGCUGCUACUGCCGCUCACCUGGAGCAACUCCACCCCGGCCUUCUCUCCCACUCGCUCCCCCCUGGAGCUUCUCCGGCUUCCCAGCACCACGCUGGCCUAUACGCUCGCUUGGGCCCGCUGAACCCACACCACCCGGCCAAUGGCAUCCUGGCAAAAUCCCCCGCAGGCUUGGUGGGAGCUCUGGCAGUGGGGGCACCGCCUCCACUCAUUCCGUCCAUCACCAGCCGGUCAUCCACUCCUCCCCGCAGCUCUAGACUCGGAGGGCCAGGUGAGCUGGCACUGUACAGUGCCCACAAAGACGCAGAGUCCAGAUAGUACAGGGACAACACUGGAGGAGAUUAAGGGAAAUGUCAGGAUCACUGUGCUGCUCUCAACCUGCCCCCUUUUCCGCUUGCAGACUGCUAAACCCUGCCCUCCCAGUUACACAACCAAAACAGCUCCAGCCCCCACAGAAAGGGUAACCGGGACUGGCUGGAGGUGACGGUAGGGAGGGAAAUGCAAGACUUGGAAUAUGCGCAAUGGUUCUAUCGGUGCAAUUUAAAGGUACAUGGUUUCUGUGCAUCCUUGGUGUCUUUUUAUUUGAUACUGGCUGUUGGUUAUUACAGUGGUCGAUUUCAGGAGCUGUAUGAAGAGGCAGAGGACAGCUUUUUCCAUUUGUCAGGUGAUUUUUAUGAUCCAUGCUUUUAAGCAAGCCUUUUCCGGGUGGAUUGGAAAUGACUUCCAGAGGGAUGUACACUGUGAAAACAUGUCGAGAGUUCAUCCUCAGCUUGGUUUACUCAUGGGAUAUUAUAAAGCCCUCCUCUCCAUAAAUCAACCCUGAUUAGUUAUUGUGGAUGAGGGUCUUUAGAAAUACAGUGGUAAAGUGGUGCUUUCUGUUCUGUCUUUGUGUCUUCUUGUCAUUGUGAAAAGACAAAUUACUGAUGAGACCAUUUAAUGAAGAUCGGUAAGCAUCGCACCUCAGUUUCCUGCUUUACCCAAAAAUCUAAACCCAAACCCAAACCCUCGGCUUCACUGAUAAAGAGAUUCGACCUUUUUUGGCUUGUUUCGUUUUGUUUUGAAAGGAUGAAUGGCGACAUGAACUGUGCUACACUGUGUGGGUGAACACAGUAUUUUAGAGCUUCCUGUAACUGUUUCCCAGUCUCCUCUUGACUAUAUGUGCAGGACCAGAUUAUAGUAGUCUAGAGAAAUUGCCUUUGUAAUUAUUAUUCUUAACAUUAAUUAUCUUCUAUAAUAAUAAAUAUAUUCACUGUUAUGUUAUUUGUCUUUGUUUCGGGUAUCAACCAGUACUCUCUCCCCAGGUAAUCUGUCUCAAACCAUGCAAAAGACAAAGCAAAAGGCUUGCUUCACAGAAAACUUUGAAAGCUUGUGAACACGAAGCCGCAUCCAUCGCAGCCUCUGGCCUCUUCAAGGAUCUCUUCUGUGACUUUAUUAUGCUGAGAGGGAGGUUUGCCUGUGUGUCACUGGUCGUGUGUUAUAUCCAUUUGGGACUGUGGGAACCUUGUACAUUGAACUGUCGAGUUGUUUCAUCAACAAGAAUAAGUUAUAUACAUGGAUAAGUGGGACAUCUGCUGAAGAACUGAAAAAAAUAUAUGUACUUGUGUCAAAAGACAGCUAGACAGUGGGUAGCCUGAGAGGGAAAAGACUGGGUCGAUUAUUUUAAUAUGACCAUUUUAUACCUUUCAAACCCCUCCCCUAGAGACCACAAAGAUUAAUUAUUAAAUGAAUUGU